GCGUUUCUGGCGACAGGCGGGGGAAGCAACAUUCCGCAGCGCCGCGGAUGCCCAAGCCCACCGCGCCCGUCUGAGGGGCGCCGACGCCGAGGGCCCCGGCUGGGGCUUCCCCGCCGGGGCCGCCGCCGUGGCCUCCAGGGCCGCCGCCGAGGCCUUCGCCAAGGCUGGGGCCGCCGCCGACGCUGCCGGGCCCGCCGCCAGGACCCAGGCCGCCACCGAGCCGGCGAUUCGCUACCCGCUCGGGGUCGGGCCGGCUCGCCCAGACGGCGUCGCCGGGAAGCAGAAGCUGCAAGGUGAAGCCUACCAGCCGGGCAAAAACUCGGGCUGCGGACACGCACGGGAGCAAGAGAGGAGGCACUCUUUAAAAAGGCCCGUGCUCUCUGGAAGCUGCCCGUGGUAGUUCACCAGCUGGAGCUCCAGACGCUCUCAAUGUUGAGCAGGGGCCGACCGUCCCGGCACUCCUAUAGCGAGCCAGGACGCCUCGCCACUGCUUGACAAUGGGGGACGCACUGACCCAGGCCAACGCAAACCCAGGCCAGUCGGGCUUCGUAGGAGCCCGCAAAAAGCCUGCGGCAUCCUGGAGGGUCCCGCACCGAAGCCCGGGUCGGUGCGCCACCGGCUCCGCAGGAUCCUGCGAGACCCGGCGCUCUGCCUGGCCCCCAUCUGCCUCGGCACCUGUCUCUUGAGCCCCGUGCGGCGUCCAAGGAGGCUCCUCC